UCCAAGCUACUCAGCUAGCUCGUAGCAUUUCAAACGCUCACCGUUUCAGCACACACAUUUCCAUCACACUUUUAUCACAAAGUAUUUCAAGGAAUUGUAUAUUUCCAAUCUUUUAUUCCGCUCAAACAAGAUGACUUCCUUGCUGGAUACGCCGAUAGUAUCCAUCUACGACAUGAUGGUGGAACGUCACCUGAAGAUGCGCCGUGAACUAAAGGAUUCAGUCAAAGGAGCAGCUAAAGAAAAGUCUGCAGUUGCCGAGACUUUCUGGAAGGUCCAGCCGCCCACGGAGAAGGAGGUGAUCAAGAAGCUGGUCGAGAAGAUGGUCAAGGGUCGUGGCAAGUCAAGGCCCAUGACCCCAAAAGAUUGCAAGUCGGGCAAGAAGACCAGUCCCAAGUUGGUGCUUACCCCUCAUCGCAAGAGGAACAUGACCGGAGCCCCAGGAUUGUAUCGUGGCAAGCAAAAGCUCAGCAAAUCCAAUUCCACUGAGAUGAAGCGUCUGCCCCUUUCUCCAAGAAAGGUGGAACCUGGACAGAAGAAAGAAGCUCCAGUACCGCCGCCCAAGCCGGCGAAAGUGAAGAACACGAAGAUUCCGGCCGAGAAGUUGGUUGCUCCAAAGCGAAACCCCAAGUUAUUAGAGAACACUACUACUAAUAAUGCAGAGGUUCAUAUCCGUAAGCGCUGGCGUCUUUAAAAACUAUAGAUGAUUGAUCGUUAAGCAUAUGACACAGUCAAUGCUCCAUUGUUAUUACAAAUUGUUGUUUAGUAGUCAGAAGAAUUAAUCACAGGUCUCUUAUAUGAUGUACCUAAAUCCCACAUGAUGGCGAUCUAAAUUCGAAAUGUACUUCAAUAUAUGGUUUUAUCUAGUUUAUAU